AUGUCCCUAGAGGAAAUAUCCAUUGGAAGCGAACUCAAAGACUCAUUCAAGGAAACAUCAAAAUGGGUGACCAACGGAAUCAAUUGGCUCUCAGACUUGGAUGAGUUCUACAAGGAAAGAGCCAUGAUCGAGAGAGAGUACUCCACAAAGCUCCUGGAACUAUGCAAGCGCCAUUUCGACAAAAAGGCACGCAAUUCGUCCCAUUUGUCUGUUGGAGACGAACCAAAAAUUACCCCGGGAUCGCUAGAGAGUGCAUCUGUAGUUUUGUGGAAUGAGGUCUUAACUCAAACAGAAGCUAUUGCCAAAGAGAGACACAGUUUGGCCGCUGACCUUCAAGAAAAGGUGUGCUCCAAUCUCGACAAGUUGCAAGUCAAGCUGAACAAAAUCAUGCGUCACAUUACAGCCAUCAACGACUACUUGCUGACGGAGAAGAAAAACACAGAGGAGGAUGUGAACAAAGCGAAAAAGGCUUAUGAUAAUCUAUGUCAAAGUACCGAGAACGCUCGCCAAAAGACUGAAAAGUCACUGUCCGAGCGGUACCUGGCAAAAUUGGAGGAGAAGAAGAUCGACAUGAAUAUUGGCAAGAAUGCAUACUUGAUUAAUAUUAGUGUCGCGAACAGUCUCAAAGAUAAAUAUUUCUUCCAAGACUUACCGGAGGUGUUGGAUUAUCUUCAAGAUCUCAACGAAACAAGAGUUGCUAUUUUGAACAAGCUCUUGAAGAACGCUUGCAUCAUAGAAAGAAACUCGAACGAAAAAGUGAAGGAGAUAUUGUCGAAGAUAGACAGCACAGCAGAUCAAAACAAUCCAAAGCUAGACACUGCAAUGUUCAUCAAACACAACUAUUGCCAAUGGAGUGAGCCCGCUGACUUUGUGUUCAUUCCCUGCAGUUUCUGGCAUGAUGACGAGACUCUCAUUGUUAAAGAGCCCGAGUUGACUGAUCUCAAAAAGCGCUUGAAUAAAGCACUCACUACCUAUUCAAACUACAAGCAGACAACAUUGUCAUGCAAGGAGAAACUAGAGGAGGCCGCCCAGAAACGGAGAGAAGACGAGGAUCAUGCAAAUCUAAAAUUUGACCUCAAAUUUGAUGAUGUGUUGUAUUUACUAGAAAAGUUCAUGAAAGAAGACUCCAAUCGUGUUAAAAGCGAGAUUGAAAUUGAGAUAAUCCAGAAUUUCGCAGGCGACAAAGAUCUCUCUUAUGUGGAGCAAAAGAAGGAGAAGAAAUCGCGGUUCGGUAUUUUUGGGCUGUCGAAACAUUCUAAAACCGAGAGCGUUACACAAAGUAAUGACGUUCUGUCGAUUUACACUGUGACAAGCAACAAGACCAAUACCUCGGGAGGCGGCGUUCUUAACGGUAUAUUCAGUUUGAGAAGAAGCAAAACCAACGCAACCCAAGAAACGAAGACCAAUGCCACUGCCACUUAUGCAUACGAUGCUGCUGGAGAUGAUGAGUUGAGUUUGUUGGCUGGAGAAGCCUUGUUCAUUACACAGCCAGAUGAUGGUAGCGGAUGGACCGAGGUUCGCAAGUCAAAUGACCAAACCGGACUAGUGCCUACAAGCUACUUGCAAAUUGAUAUUCAAGAAGACGCUGGCAAGAGAAAGGGUCCCUCUGUUGCCCCAAAGCGUGGUGCUAAAAAGGUCCAAUACGUGGAGGCCAUUUAUGAUUACGCCGCUGAAGAAGACAACGAGUUGAGUAUCACUGCUGGUGACAGGAUUGUGCUAAUACAAGAGGAUGUUGAUGGAAGUGGAUGGACUGAGGGAGAGCUCAACUCCAAACAGGGUCUCUUCCCGACGUCAUACAUCCGCAAAAUAUAG